CGCCAUGGCAGGAUCGAAGGACGCAGAAGGGUUCGAAGAAUUCGAUGUUAAUAAAUUGUGCGAUUGGUUAAGAUCAAAAAAAGCAUCUGAAGACAUCAUAAUUGUUGUUGCAGACAAUGAAAUUGAUGGAAGGACAUUUCUGGAUCUAAAUGGUGAAGAUUUGAAAGACCUUUCCAAUUCUUUUAAAGUAAGGAAGGAAAUCAGAAGGAUUUUGGAACAAUUGAAUGAAGAUGAGUCCGAUGCAUGUAAUACACCUCCACCAUUUAGAAAAAGAAAGAGAUCUCCUUCACCUUCACCAAAUGAUCUGCCAGUGUUACAUAGACCAGUGAAAAAACCAGCUUCAUUCAACACAAAACAACUUCUUGAUGCAUCAGAGUGUUUUGUCCCAAAGUCUGAAAUCCUUGAAAAUUCCAGCCAGUAUUCUCAACAAAGCAUAGAAACUGAAAGAAGACGAGUUGUACGGUUGGCCAUGGACAAUUUGAUUGGCCAGAAUGGUGGACGCCCAUCUGAGAGUGAAGUUCAAAAUCUUGCACGGAUGAUGGCAAGUCAAUAUCCGUGCUUAAGGGACCGGCCAUUAGAAAGUCUGAGAGAUAAUUUUAAUUCUCUAGUAGGGUUUUUGAGACGGAGAAUGUACAACGUUACACCUCCAGUCUCCACAAAAGGGAGGAAAAAAGGAUAUGCAAAAUCAAAGGAAAAAGACAAUGAGGAUCAUAAUGAUAACAUCAAAUCAACUGUUGACCAGGAGAACCCAGCAGAAAGGAGAGAACCUGCUGAAAAAUCUGAAGAGGCAGUUAAGGAGAAAGAAGUAACUGUUGCUAGAGAGAAAACUAAAGAAAAAACUGAUACAAGAGAGACUGAGAAAAUCGUUGAAAAGAAAUAUCAAGAGAACUCUGAGGAGAAGAAUAUGGUGCAGGGAGAGUGCAUCAGCAAAGAGCAGGAAAAAACUGAAAAUGAUGACCAAAAUACCCCAGCUGACAAGGCUACAGAGUCUUUAGUUGCCGCACUUAAAAAAAGCACACGCCCAUGUACAAGUGAGCAGCUUAUAAGACUCACAGUUGCAGAAAGGUUGAAAGAAGUUGAGAAAAUCCCUACUAAGGAACGCUUAAAGUAUACACUGAAUACUUACAAAGUUUUCAAUCAUCCUGAAAGUGUUAUUUUCAACAUGUACAUGCAAGUGCCUGUAGAACUACAUGAAAUGAAGCAGAAACUAGAGCACCUUAUGACAACAUCACUCGACAUGUUGUUUGAAAAAAACAUCCUUAAGAUCCCUCGAUCAGCAAUUAAAACAACAGAUCAGAAGUAUUUUGUUGCAUUGUUUCAUUUGCCAAAUCUUUGUGGUAACAAGUCGGCUGGGAAGUUAAAACCAGGACAUCAUUUGGUUCAUGUCGUCAAAAGCUCUGAAAUGUGGAGUGAAGUUGCACAAAAUCACAAAGGCACCUCAGGGCCAUGGAUCCUACACAAUACCAUAGGAUCAAACACCUCCACCACUUUGAUGGAGAGAGAGGAUGCAAUAUUUAAAUGUAAAGAUGCAGAGGAGGCUAUUUUGGCUCUGCUCGGGUUGUACUAUCUAGGAUCAUUGCCAUACCCACCACAGAUAACAGGGCCAUUGUUACUUUUACAACACCUUGUUCUGGAAGACAAAGUCCACUCUGGUGAUUUGCCAACACUACAGAAGGCAAGAAAGGAAUUCACUGCGUACAAGGAGAGGAGUGAAAGUCACUCCCUGGACAGUUUUUUCUAAGUACAGGUUAAAUCCAUACUAGUGUAAUUUUUGUCCCUUUGUCAAAAUUGGUAGAUAUGAAUUUGUAUUCUUUAAAUGUUUGAAAUCCUUAAACUUUUGUUUUUUCUCUAUGUAAGGAAGGCUGGGUGGUCAUGGUCAUUUCAGACUAUUUAAACUUCCCAGAAAAGAAGAGCUUUAUAAAAGUAAGGAAAUUCAAUGAAAAAUCAAAGCAUUAAAUAUAGUGUAUAUGCUUUAUCUUUAGUAAUAAUAGUUAAAUGCUAUCAAUUAAAUUAUCUUUCUUUUUUAAAUUAGUUCUGUUGGAUAAUUUGUUGACCCCCAAUCUUCUUUGAGGACUAGUGGAAACUACUCUACUAGCUGCAGUGUUCAAUUUUUUGUAAAGAACUUUUUUGUACCAGAUCAUUCUUCUUCUCUGACUUGCUAUAGUUAUUACAUUUCAAGUGAUAUAAAUAUAUAUAUAUAUAUAUAUAUAUAUAUAUAUAUAUAUAUUCAACUUCUAUGCAUUGACUGAGUAACUUUACAACCAGGUAUAUGUGACAAUUGUGUUAUUUACAAUUUAAUUGUUUUAUUUUUUUAAAGCAUUCUAGUUUUUAUUUUUAAGUGCUACCUCAUUUUCUAGUCAUUUUUAGUAUGUUAUUGUGUCGCCUGCGUUACGCAGUGGCGACAUAUAGGGAUCACUAUCCGUCGUCUGGCGGCGGCGGCGUCGUCACAAAAAAUUUCUGUCACAGUUUUCUCAAGAACCACAUGGGGCAACUCCCUGAUAUUUGGCACAGAGCAUCACUGUGGCCAACUGUAUUGUGUAAGACAUUUUCGAAUCUGUCGCUUAUCAACUUCCUGUUUAGUGACAAAAACCAUUUCAAUAAUUUACUUUUUCAACAUUAUACGUGAUAUAUUACAUAUAGAAUGAACUAGCAGGCGACACAUGUCUUCCGGGGAAGACUUAAUACUGCGUAUUUUUUGUUAUUGUUUAAGUUUGACAUUUUUUUCUUACAUUAACGCUUGUUUUGAUUUGAUUUUUUAUUUUCCUGCGAUUGAAAAUGUAUCCAGUAUAAUUUAAUUAUUUUUUAUUGUAUUAUAAUUGGUUGUGCAAAUGCUUUAGACUCUGGUCAUAUACAAUUUAUAUCAUUUUUCUCUUUUGUCCCAAUUUUUGUAUUUCAUAGAGUAUGUUUAUAUUUUCUUUACCUGAUUAUGUAUCCAUCCUUUGAAAAUUUCAUGAUGGGCCCAGUUGUUAAGGGCAUUAAAAAUCUUACAAAAACUUGUUAUUGUGAAAUCUAUUUAAAGUUGAUACAUAAUUUUUUUGAGAUAUGAACUUUAAAUUUUAAUAAUUCGUACUUGUUUCCAAUUUGUCUAUUAUUUUCUCUGAAAUAAAUGGGCAAGACAA